UCCUGCACGACUUCCGCUGCUCCGAGACCAUGGCCCAGCCGCCGCCUGACGUGGAUGGGGACGACUGUCUCCUCGAAUACCGCCACCUCUUCUGCCCAGACCUCCUCCGGAACAAGGUGGCCUUUAUCACUGGUGGGGGCUCAGGGAUCGGAUUCCGGAUUGCUGAGAUCUUCAUGCGGCAUGGUUGCCACACUGUCAUCGCCAGCAGGAGCCUGCCCAGACUGCUGACGGCUGCCAAGAAGCUGACUGAGGCCACGGGCCAGCAGUGUCUCCCCCUCUCUCUGGAUGUCCGAAAUCCCCCAACCAUCUUGGCUGCAGUGGACAAGGCACUGGAGGAGUUUGGGAAGAUUGACAUUCUCAUUAACGGUGCAGCUGGGAACUUCCUGUGCCCCGCUGGGGCCCUGUCCUUCAACGCCUUCAAGACCGUGCUGGACAUUGAUGCUGCCGGCACCUUCAACGUGUCCCGUGUGCUCUACGAGAAGUUCUUCCGGGACCAUGGAGGGGUGAUCUUAAACAUCACUGCCACGCUGAGCACACGUGGACAGGUGUUCCAGGUGCAUGCAGGUGCCGCCAAGGCUGCCGUUGACGCCAUGACGCGGCACCUGGCCGUAGAGUGGGGGAAGCAGAACAUCCGGGUCAACAGCCUGGCUCCUGGUCCUAUCGCUGGCACUGAGGGCUUCCGGCGUUUGGGUGGUCCCCAGGCCAGCAGAAGGCUGCACCUCUUGGGGAUGCCACUCCAGAGGCUGGGGAACAAGACCGAGAUGGCCCACAGCGCGCUCUUCCUGGCCAGCCCCGCGGCAUCCUUUGUGACAGGCGCCGUGCUGGUGGCCGACGGUGGCCUGUGGCUGACCUCCCCCAACAGCAUGGAGACGCUGGCAGGGUCCCAGUCCUUCCCGGCAAAGCUCUAGGUGCCCCGUCUCUGUGGUCCCAUCUCCUGCCUCUCCACCCCCCAGGUGGCUGGCUGGGACCCUCUGCAGGGCUGCUGCUGGGCUCUAGUGCCAGUCCUCCCAUUCUGUGCAUUUGUCUGGUUCCUGAGGACCCACCACCUUGGGGUCAGACAGUUUGUGGAUGCAGCUAGGGACAGAUGACUGCUCUGCAGGCCCCCUGAGGGCCCACACCCCCAGUGGGGAAUCGGAUUAGAGGACUCCUGUGAACUUGGUGAGGGGGCGGGGGUGCGGGAGGCCCGGCCUGUCCCUUGCACUCACUCAGCCCUGACACAUGCUACCCGGCUUUCCCCACAACCAUGCCCAGCUGGACAUGGCCUGACCCUACUGCACAGGGUUCUGACUGUAGCUGG